CUCAUAUUUUCCACUUUGCAAUUAAUUUAUUCUCAUAAUAAGCAUAUAUAGCAUACCCACCACAUUUAUAAAUUAAUCCCCUUCUAAUUCACAUUCAAUUCUCUCAAAUCCCAUACACAAUUCAAUGGCUUCUCUUUCAUUCUCACCUCCCCACACAUGUGUGAAAGAUAUGAUCAAAGUUCCUCCCUACUUCUUUGAUGAUUUGACCUCUCUCCCCAGGGUCAAAUUCGUCCAUAAUAAUAAAACCCGAGGGCAUCGCGGAUUUGUCGUGACCAACGUGGCUGGCGGCACGCUGUCGGCUUCCACUCCUUCCGCCACCGAAACGGUGGCGGCCGAGAGAAAACUAGCGGCAUGGACCAGCGUCCGGCAAGAGAGGUGGGAAGGGGAGCUCGUUGUUGAGGGUGAAAUACCAAAGUGGUUGAACGGGACGUAUCUGAGGAACGGACCGGGCUUAUGGCACAUAGGGGACUACAAUUUUCGGCACCUCUUCGACGGCUACGCCACCCUCGUCCGCCUACACUUUGACGAUGGCCGCCUAACAAUGGCACACCGGCAAAUCGAGUCGGAGGCCUACAAGGCGGCGACUAUCAACCAAAAACUCUGUUUCCGCGAGUUCUCCGAGGUACCAAAGCAGAACAACUUCCUGGGCUACGUCGGAGAACUAGCGAACCUAUUCUCCGGUGCGUCGUUAACAGACAACGCCAACACCGGUGUGGUCAGGUUGGGCGACGGGCGGGUUUUGUGUUUGACGGAGACCGUGAAAGGGUCGAUCGUGAUUGACCCAGACACACUGGACACUAUUGGGAAGUUCGAAUACAGCGACUCUCUGGGCGGGCUGAUCCACUCAGCCCACCCGAUAGUCACGGACACAGAAUUCCUCACGUUGUUGCCCGACUUAAUCAACCCGGGAUACAUCGUGGCCCGCAUGGACCCGGGCACCAACGAGAGGAGGGCUAUCGGGCGGGUGAAGUGCCGAGGCGGGCCCGCUCCGGGGUGGGUGCACUCUUUUCCGGCGACGGAGCACUACGUGAUCGUGCCGGAGAUGCCACUUAGGUAUUGUGCACAGAAUCUACUCAAGGCCGAGCCCACUCCUCUCUAUAAGUUCGAGUGGCACCCUGACUCCAAAGCCUUCAUGCAUGUCAUGUGCAAAACCAGUGGCAAAAUUGUGGCAAGUGUGGAAGUUCCAUUGUAUGUGACAUUCCAUUUCAUCAAUGCAUACGAGGAGAAAGAUGAGGAUGGAAGGAUAACGGCGGUGAUCGCCGACUGCUGUGAGCAUAACGCCGACACGACCAUCCUCGACAAUCUUAGGCUACAGAAUCUCCGGUCGUUUAACGGCCAAGACGUCUUGCCAGACGCUAGGGUAGGGAGAUUCACAAUACCAUUGGAUGGGAGUCCAUAUGGGAAGUUAGAGGCAGCAUUGGAUCCAAAUGAGCAUGGUAGAGGGAUGGACAUGUGCAGCUUCAACCCUUCUUUCUUGGGUAAGAAGUACAGAUUCGCCUACGCCUGUGGGGCCCACAGACCCUGCAACUUCCCCAAUACCCUCACAAAGAUUGACUUGGUGGAGAAGAGAGCAAAGAACUGGCAUGACGAGGGCUCUGUGCCAUCUGAACCAUUUUUCGUGGCACGCCCGGGCACAACUGAAGAGGAUGACGGAGUGGUGAUAUCAAUGAUAAGUGACAAGAAUGGAGAAGGGUAUGCCAUAGUGUUAGAUGGGUCCUCAUUUGAAGAGAUUGCAAGGGCAAAGUUUCCUUAUGCUCUCCCUUAUGGACUCCAUGGAUGUUGGGUUCCAAACAAAUGAACACUUAUAACCUACACACACACACACAUGGAAAAUGAUAUCUAAAUAUCAUAGUUUGACACCAUUGACGUGCAUAGACAUACGUACACGCAAUGGUGUCAUCAAUGGUGUCAAAUUCGGUGUCACUGCAACAUGGUCCAUACACAAAUCACGCCAUGCAAAAAAGCUUAUAUAUACACAUAUAUAAAUACAAACAUUAUGUAAUAACAUGCAUUGAAGUAU